AGUAUCACACAAAGGCGUGUAAUAGUCACGUUGGUCCACUUGGGAAAGCGUGUGAGUGUCACGUUUUGCCUCGCCAAGGCGUGAACAUUACACGCGUGAAUGAAGGAGGACUACCAACGGGGCGAUAAUUCAAUUAACUGCCAACAACUCCCACAGACCAGAAAUAAGCAGGUAAGAUGGAGAUGGACGAUUCCCCCCUUUUAAUAAUUAUGCUAAAUAAUUAAAAUGUUGUUUGUUGAAAACGUUUUUGGUUGCCUGAGUGUUGUUAUUUUUAUUGGAUUUCAUUUGGCUGUUAGAGAGCCGAGGGUUAUUGACGUUAGAUGAAACCGAAUGAGUACUUUGACGUUAGUUAGCUAGCGCUUUUUAGCAUUUAGCUUAGCUCUCUUUAGCAGUUUAGUUGUAGUCACCGGCUUUACGGCUAGCUUAAAUGCUAGUUCAAAAUGAAUGCUUGCUAAAGUUGAUUAAAGCGGUCUGACGCUUCUAAAAAUUAUACUGCCCUUUAUUUUGCUAAUUUAUUUUUUAUUCAUUUUAGAUCCUUUAAAGUUAUUUCCAAUAUGCAGUAACAGCAUCCCAGUUACUUCUAUAAUUUGAUACAUUUCUGCAUUUUUGACAAAGAAAUCCAUGAAAUGUUGUUGCAAGAGAAAUAACAAUGUUUUUGUUUUUCAACAGAUUCUAUUAUACCCACCACCUUCAUUCACCUUCUUUGAACAUCUACCUACUCGCUUUCAAUUUAAAAAAACAACGGCUCUUUUAAGAGCCAUUCUAUUUCAUUCAUUCCUUUUACUCUCUCUCUCUCUCUCUCUCUCUCUCUCUCUCUCUCUCUCUCUCUCUCUCUCUCUCUCUCUCUCUCUCUCUCUCUCUCUCUCUUUCUACCUCUCUACCUCUCUCUCACUCUCUCACUCACACACACUCUUUCUCUCGCUCUUCCUCACACUCUUUAAAAAUGCCAGGCCCUGGGUCAACAUCAAGAAAAUGUGUUGCCUGCCACACAGUUCUCAAUGUGGCCUGCAAAACCUGCAAGGCGUGCAAGGUAGAGCAGCCACAUAAGCUGCGAUUAAACAAAAAAAUGAUCAAAUUUGAUCAAAAGCGAGAGGGCUGGGUCCAUACCCAAAAGAAAAAUAGGACCACGUCGCACAUCAAAGAUGAAGCUUAUAUGCUGCUUGAAAAGUUGCAGUCUCUGGAAGUGAGGGCUGUCUUGUUGUUGUCCAGGCCUGCAAAAAUGCCAAAUGCCUGGGUGUCUGAAGUGUUGACACCCCGUUGCCAGCUGACGGAGACAUCCAGAUCCUGUCAGCAAAGAAUUCAGGACCUUUUUGACAUUUUAAUUCAAGGCUGGACCCCACAAGGUACUGCAGAAGUGCAACUGGAGGCCUCGGUCGGACCACCUGCAGCCUCAGUCGGACUCUCGAAGGCCCUGACUGGACCACCUGCGGCCUCAGUUGGACUCCCGAAGGCCUCAGUCGGACCACCUGCGGCCUCAGUUGAACUCCCGAAGGCCUCAGUCGGACCACCUGCGGCCUCAGUCGGACUCCCGAAGGCCCUGACUGGACCACCUGCGGCCUCAGCCGGACUCCCGAAGGCCUCAGUCGGACCACCGGAGACCAUGACUGGACCCCCAGCGGAUGAAAGUGUCGAAGGAGUCUGUCCUGCUCCCACAACAGUGCUGCCACGUACAAGAAAAGAAUGCCCACACACAGUGACAGGGAGCCAGGAUUUUUACCCUGUGAAGAGGGUUACCAAAUUCAAAGUUAUUAAGGGCCAAACAAUGAAACAGGUGGAGUGGGAGCCAUGCAAACUCUGUGGAAAGAAGUGGCCAUUGGAGUGGGUGGCAGAUACGGACACCAUCGGUAUCCAUUAGGUGCCCAUGUACCGAAGAUUCUGUGCUCUGUUUUGUUCGAACUAUAAUUAAUAAUAAUAAGUAUAAUCUUUCUUUCUUUCUUUCUUA